CCAGUGAAUAAAUAGAAACGGGUAUAUUCAUCCGCCAUUUCACUAACGUUAGCUUGUUGGCUAGUAGCGCGGCUCUCCAAAGUCAUACAUUAAAACCGUUAUUUAUUCGAUACUGCGAAAGUGAAGGACCACUGCCAAAUUUAGGCAAUAUUUUAUUAGCACUGUUGAGGUAUUCUACUGACCACAAGUUAAUUCCGCAACAAAACAGGAUUAGCGAACUGCGCAAGAAGAUGUCGACCGAGGCCGCUGCUCCUGAGAAACCAGGCCAGGGGUAACGUUUUGAUUAUUUCAUUGUCAUUAAUUCUUUUUUUGGCUGGCUAACUAGCUAACGUUACCUAGUAACCUUUAUUUUCAUUUCCCGCUCGCCAAGGUUUCGUGAAUUUAAAUCUUGAUUGUUUUGAGAAAUUACCAGUUUAAUGGAAAUCUACCAGGCUAAUCACUACUAACAGUUAGUUAGCUAGCUAAACAAUGGGAUUCUGCUAGCUAUACUAGCCACAAUGUGAUCUGCGUGCGUGCACCACACCGCCAUGAGAUUAGCAAAUUAGCUAGCCUGCUAACGUUACCUAACUUGUCCUCUCCCUCCAUUUUUUUGUUUAGUACGCCAUCACUUGCUAUUUUGGUUAACUAAACUCGUGUACUGGCCAACUAUUCAAAUUAUUCACAAAAUACGAAAUAACGUUAGCUAGCUAUAUGAUAUAUCGCGUGUCUGAAAAUGGGAGAAAGGGAAGUUAGUUAAUGUUAAUACAAGUUAGCGUGUAAUAUGGGAGUCGUAGCCUAGUCAUUAACGUUAGGCACAACUCUUGAUUGGUGUAGCUUCGUCCCGUAACUAAAUAUUAUGUAUUAAUUAACAUUAAGCAAUAUUAAUGGAUCUGUAAACAAUAAAGUAAAAGUUAGAAUCGUUAAUUUUAAAGGUUAAUAUACAUGCCUAAUUCGGUGCCUAACGUUAGUUGCAGGACGAAGCUAGUUAGUAAAUUAUAACUAGUUACAGUUCUAGUUAUUUGUUGUUAGUGGACGUUUCAACCUUUGUUCACCAUCAGACCGACGUAUUAUUGUUACUCCAUCAAUCACUACCCGUUCUUUGUCUCACAAGGCUCCAGGCAGCCGUUUUUUUUUUAGGUCGGGUAGCUAGCAAAGCGGUCAGAUUUUUUUUUUCUUAACGAGUUAUUGUUAUGUGUACUGGUAACUGUAGCAAGCUAAUGUAAUAUGUAAUUUUUUUCCAAAGGGAAAUGAACGGCAAGGCCAAGCAUGAACCCAAUGCCAGGAAGGAGAGGCCCCAGAAGCGUGGAGGUGGUCGCUUUGAACCCUAUGGAAACCCAUCAAAGAGAUACCGUGUGUUUGUCAGCAACAUCCCAUAUGAUGUGAAAUGGCAGGCACUCAAAGAUCUAAUGAAAGAAAAAGGUAUUGUGUUCAGAGUUAAGUUGGAUCCUUUAUAGAUAUGGAGUCCAUCAAGGCUAAUAAAACCUCCCAUAACAGGUCAUUUGCGUUGAACCACUUUACCUUGUUGACUGGAUGGCAGCUGGCAAAUCUGUAAAGGGCCCAGGUUGCAAUUUGUAGCUGAGGUUUUUGGUAUGCAGACUGGCAACUUCAAAUGGGAGUGGCCUUUCCAUGGAUUGGCCUGUGUUCUGCUAACUCUUGGAUGGUUUAGAUUUCAGAACAGUUCUCUCUGUGAUUUCUGCCUUCGGCUAGUCAUUUUUGUAGUGCUGCGAAUAGCAUUAUGAAUUUGUACUUAACUUUGGAGUCCUUGAUCUCUACAGCUAUACUUGCUUGAACAAUGGGAAUAUACAAACUAAAGGGAGGUCUUCAAAUUAAGUACAUGGCUUAUAGUGUAUGGAUCAUCAAUUGCACUGUUGUGUUGGGUCUUGUGGUUUGUGUGUACAUAGCGGAAAAUGUCCGUAUUGCCUUGAGACGUAAUGGCUCUCAGGUGCUUACACUACGAUUAUUAAAGCUGGUCUUAUGUUCUCUGCGUGAUCAUUUUCUUGGAAAUUAUGUCAAAUUAAGAAUUAUUUAAUGUUUAACGGGUUCUCUUUCAUGUAAAUUUGCAGCAUGGGCCAGUUGUCCUCAACUUCUUUUUGUCUUCAAUUUGAAUCCUGCAACAAAGGGAACGGUGUUCUGUUUAAAUGGUUGUUUACAUGGCUUUGGCAAAGCUAUAAUAUAUAUUAGCACUAAUGUAAUAAAUAGCACCUGCUUUUAAUCAUGAUAAAGCAUGGGUGUUCUGAGAGAUUACCAAUGCCUUUCAGAAACAGUUUUUAGUGUUUGGAUAUAAUGAUUGAAUGUGGCGUUAAAUUGCAUUCUCUUUUUUAGGUUUGUUGUUUCCGCAGAUCUCCAUGUUGUACCAAUUACGGAUGUGUGUUUGGGAUUUCUUGGGGUACAGGUCUACAAAAUGAAGCAGCUUCUCACGGCUGUUCUUGUUUCAGCUGAGGAUUGGUUCCUGUCCAUUUAUGGCGCAGACUCAUUUGCUGGAAUUAGCCAUGGUUGUCCCUCUGUUAAACACACUUGGACACUGUUGUGCCUCUCCAGGUCCAAUGUAUGUACAGCUUUCCAAAAGUGUCAAUGUUCUUCAGACAUUGGAGUUAGCAGAGUUGGUACAAUUUAGUUUUUAGUGUAGUUUACAUUCAAAGGUGUGUCUGAACAGUUGUAUCAGUCAGGGGUUCCAAAUACAUUUAACAAGGAACAUGGAUUUUGGAAGGGUGGACUCAUGGUUUCAAAUGACUGCAAAUUUAAAACUGUCAUUCUGUCAACUUGAUCCUCACUUCGAAAAUGGUUCCUUUAUGAUAGCUCAUCCGAUUAGAGGUUGUUAGCUAUUUGACGAUUGUUCUCUUCAAUCUAUUGCUCUUGGUGUUUGGCGACUCUACAAGGACAGGCUAAGAAGUCAUUUUAAGAUCCAGUAAGAGCUUGCCUUUUGUAGACCUGUACCAGAAUUGAGGUGCUGGGGGGAGGCUCUGGAGUAGCAGGCCGAGCUCACGUUCACCAACCGCUUGUCUGCUCUAAACCCCCAUUGUUUUCUCGGCUUCUCUCCCUUGGUGUGUGUCGUCUGGAAUCUGAUUUGUAGUGGGUGAGGUAACGUACGUGGAACACUUAAUGGACGGAGAAGGCAAAUCGAGGGUAAGUGCAAUAGACGAACCUGUGUUUGUCAGCUUGAGUUUCCUUUUCUUUCAUUGUGGGGAUGUUCAAACCUGGAUGAGUUUUGAUGAACAUGUCAAGUGGGUGACACUGAACAGAAAACAUGGUGCAGUCUGUGGCACUGAAUGAGGUCAUCUUGGUGUCUGAUUGGGAAUUUGGGUUUCUGUAGCCAAUCCCAUGUGAUUGCAGUAGCUGGGAAAGUCCCUUUUUGCUGUGGACUUGUUCCUGGGACUUAAUCUAAAAUGGGGCCCAGCCCCAAGAGGUUGUAACAUGGCUGUUACAUUGAUGUUGUUACAUGUAGUAGAUUUGAGUCCAUGUAAUUGGUUUUUGUGGAACAGCUAUUUCCUUCAAGGGAGUGCAUUUUGUCUGUGGGACUUCUGCUUUUGAUGUGUACAAUGUUAAGGUUUUAGAUUCACCAGACAACCUCUGCAUUUGUUAUAUUGUCUGGUGACCAGCUUUUAAGCUGUCUAAUAAUUUUGAAAGAGUAACUGACUGUUCAAGGCUAAGGCCAUACAAGUGAGUAGCGUGUGUUUGGCCUUGUUAUUGAAUAUGCAUGAAGGUCAUUUGAUGUCUUUCAUAAGAGUAAUUCAGCCCCCUGAAUACCAGUGUUCUCUACAGUGCCACAGCUGAUUACUAACUUGAAUGUUGUUUUUCUACUUCAAUGAUGCUGUUGUACGGUCUUCAAUCAACAAAGGGUUGCGCGUAAGUAUUUAUCAUUCCGUUUUCAUUCUAAUAGGUGUCUCAGCGUUAUUCUAAGUUCCUGGUGUUCAUCAAAGUAUUUGUCUCAACAGGGUUGUUGAGUUCAGGACUGAGGAACUGAUGAAGAAGGCUGUAGAGAAGGUCAACAAGCACAACCUGAAUGGGCGGCCCCUAAAGGUCAAAGAGGUGAGCAGUCUUUAAAAAAAAAAAAAAAAAAAGAUGCUACUGGCACUUGUUGCCACCAGAAGAACAAAAAUCUAUCACUAAACCUUUAUUUCCUAUUUAGUCAUGUUGCCCAUGUCUCUCUCUUCCUCUCUCCAGGACCCAGAUGGUGUGAUUGCGCAGAGGGACGCCCACAGGUCCCAGGGUGGUGGUGGAGGAGGUGGUGGACCACCCGGUGGCCAUGGUGGAAUGAACAUGGGAAUGGAUCGCAUGAACAUGGAGCGAAUGAACAUGGACCGCAUGGGCCCAGGACCGGGCGCCCCACCCAUGGUCAACAUUCCCCCCAGCCUCAUGAACAACUCCAACAUCCCCAAUGAGAUCAUCCACGGACUGCAGGCUGGCAAGAUCGGAAGCACCGUCUUCGUAGCUAAUGUAAGUCGGAGAUUGUAGUCCAGUAUGCCUAAUAUACAUUGUUUUUGAUAUCAUUUCAUAUGAUAUGUUAUUGCAAGUAUUUUAAUCAAGUAACUGCCAUGUUUUGUGUUUCCAGCUGGACUACAAGGUUGGCUGGAAGAAGCUGAAGGAGGUGUUUGGCAUGGCAGGAGUGGUGGUGCGUACUGACAUCCUGGAGGACAAAGAUGGGAAUAGCAGGGGCAUGGGCACCGUCACCUUUGACAUGCCUAUUGAAGCUGUCCAAGCCGUCAGUAUGUUCAACGGUCAACUGCUGUUCAACCGGGUCAUGCAUGUCAAACUGGUAAGCAACAUAUUACAGAGAUUGUGCACACACUAAAAUGUAUAAAUGUUAUAAUCUUUGUACACAUUUUGAAUAUAUUUUAAGCAAUGCUUGUUGGGUAUUUCAGGAUGAGAAGUCCUUGCCAAAAGGAGACUUUGCACCACCUGAGAGACCCCCAGCACUACCCCGUACGUACAAUGUCCCCCCCGCUAACUCCGUCCAACACACAAAUAUUGAGUAUGUUCAAGGCUAGCUUCCACAGGAUCUUCAAUAGAAGGGUCGGUUGUAUUUAUUUCUCUCAAUCAUCUAUUGCUUUUCCCUCAGGGGGCCUUAGUGGCAUCGGGCUGGGACUUGGGCCUGGUGGCCAACCCAUCGACGCCACUGCACUGAACAGAGGAGGUGGAGGAAUGGGCAACAUGGGACCUGGAGGUAAGGAGCUGUCUUUGUGAUCCUCCUUUGCAGAUAACUUUUAAUUUGGCUUGGUUCAGUCACUCACUGUUCGUUUGGUUUGUAGGCAUGGAUGGCAUGGGCUUCGGUGGUGGCAUGGGUAGAAUGGGAGGUAUGUACUUAUUGUACUGCGUCCAUUGAAUGGGUAUAGUCUAAAAUAAUGUGCAUGGUGCCCCCCCCCCCCCCCCCCCCCCCCUUCUUUUUUUUCUGAUACACUUGAAUAUUGUAGAUUAACUUUCUUGUUGUCAUUUUUUCCCAGGCAUGGAUAACUUCGGUGGAGGAAUGAACAACAUGGAGCGCUUUGGACCAUCUGGAAUGGGCAGGAUGAAUGGUAAGGAAAUUAAAUUCACACAUUACAAAUUCACAUGUUUAUGAAACAUAAACGUUUGUCUUCUAAUAGUUUAAUAUCUUGCAUUGUCAGAGAUGGACCGUGGGAUUGGUGGUUCUUUUGACCGGGAGUUUGCUCGAAAUGAAAUGGGCAUGUCUCGCAAUAAUUUUGGCGAGUCCUUUGAAAGAGGAAUGGGUUAGUACUUUUAAGGAUUUGCACAAUUUCUUGCUAACACGUUGAACACGCCUGAUGCAGAUUUCUCACAGGACCUAAAAUGUCUCACUAGUCUGUUUUGUUUUUCCUCGACUUACAGGUAGCUCACUGGGCAUGGACCGCAUGAGCUCUGGCAUGGAUCGCCUGGGCGGUGGAAUGGACCGUCUGGGUGGAAUGGAGCGCAUGGGGAUGGAGAGGAUGGACCGCGUGUCUGAUCUGGACAGGCUAGGGGGGUCUGGCUUUGACCGGAUGGGCUCCGGGCUGGACAGGCUGGGGCCCAGUAUGGACAGACUUGGUUCUGGCCUGGAUCGUAUGAGCUCCAGCGUGGACCGCCUGGGCCCAGCUGGGUUUGACCGCCUAGGCCCGUCCAGUUUGGAACGCAUGCCCGCUGGCCUGGACUUCACCUCCCCCAUGGGCAUGGCGGACCGCAUGGAGAGGAUGGGAACCAACUUUGACCGCAUGGGGCCUGCCGGCAUCGACCGCUUCCCGACCACCGGGCUUGACCGCAUGGGCUCCACCAUGGACCGCAUGGGCGCUGCCGGUGUUGGAGGCCAGUUUGACCGGCCAGCUGAGAUGGAGCGUGGGGGCUUUGGAGGAAAUGGCUUUGGGGGAGCCGGGGCCGGAGGUCCUGGAGCCAACGCCAGGAAGGGAUGUCAGAUCUUUGUCAGAAAUGUAAGCAUCUAUAGAAAUAAUGAUCUCAAGUGUCCCGUUGGAGUGUAUUCAGAAAAUUGAUUUUAAGACUCAUCUUGAAGGUUGUAUUCAAUAAUAUAAUAAUAUGCCAUUUAGCAGACGCUUUUAUCCAAAGCGACUUAGUCGUGUGCAUACAUUUUUACGUAUGGGUGGUCCCGGGGAUCGAACCCACUACCCUGGCGUUACAAGCGCCAUGCUCUACCAAUUGCGCUACAGAGGACCACACAUUCAACAGACCAUUGCAAACCUAAACUUAUUGUUUUGACUCUUCUCUGUAGCUGCCCUUUGACUUCACCUGGAAAAUGCUGAAGGAUAACUUCAAUACAUGCGGUAAGAACAUAAUCCACUCAUUUCAUUAAUGUAGGGACUUUAUUGCACACAAGAAACUUAUCAGAAAUGUUAUUUGACAGAAUUGAGAAGCAUGCAAAUGUAAUGGUUUGAAGUUACAUUACAAUUCUCCCAUUUGGUUUAAGUUCAUUAGGCAAUGACACCAUGGAAGUAUUUCUGACCCAAGAUUCAAUUGGACCUUCUGCUAAAAUAUUUACCAGCCCCAAUGUGCUUUCUUCUGUAGGUAUUGUCCAGUAUGCUGACAUCAAGAUGGAGAAUGGCAAGUCCAAGGGCUGUGGCGUGGUUCGCUUUGACAACCCAGAGACUGCAGAGAGAGCCUGUCGCACCAUGAACGGCUACAGGCUGAAUGGAAGAGAGAUCGACGUCAGAAUCGACAGAAACGCGUAAUCGUCCACAGAUCCAGUGUCAUUAUGGCCCUGAUAUUUGCCGCCCUGUACUGACCUUUCCACAUAUUUCUUGUUUGUUAGGCAAUUGUAACUGCGCAAAUGUGUACUUUUAGUUAUUUCUUGUCCCUGCAUAAUUUUUUGGUGACCAAAUUUAAAUUUCUUUAUAUUUUACCUGUAAUGCUUCACUUCAUUGCCUUUGUUCUAUAAGGUGUUUUGAUAAUAAAUAUCGACAUUGGAA